ACGGGCCAGUCCUUAGAUUCUUUCUCAAGAGCAGGUUAGUACUCGGACUCGAACUACGAGAAACCAACCAAACCAAACCAAACCAGCUGCUGCCUCUUCUUGGAAGCCAUGGCUAUGGAAAACUAUGCAUCAAGAAAUAUUGACAGAAUUCACACAGAUGUCCUCUCUCAAUCAAGACAAGCUUGCUACAAGGCGCGAGAUGCUUUUUUCGCUUGUUUGGAGAAAGAAUCAGGCAAGAAACCUACAGAAAUUGGGUCCGUGGGGCUUCAAUAUCCAGCUGAAUGUAAAAACUCGAGGGCUGAGUUUGAGAAGAAUUGUAGACCUGCUUGGGUGAAGCAUUUUGAUAGGCUACACUGUAGGAACAAGACAUCGCAGAGGUUGUUGGAGGACAAGGAAACCAAGAGAGAACUACAAGGAAAAGGGAGACGAGCUGUGAGGCAAGCUGUUCAUGGAAAGGAAAGAAGCUUAGAGUGAUAUGUUAGACUGACGGAUAAUAUAGGAAUGGCUCCAGGAGUGGGGAGCUUAAGGAUUCCGGGGGUUGCUGUUAAAGUGUAUAGGAAUGGCUCCAGGAGCGGGGAGCUUAAGGAUUCCGGGGGUUGCUGUUAAAGUGUUUUGCUUACAUGAAGUUUCAUGAUUGAUCUAGAUAUAAUUUGUUACCUUCUACUUUCAGUGGAACUACUUGAGAUUGUUGCAUGCCUUUGUUGAUCUUCUUUCAUCAAGGACUUGAGCGUGGUUGUGAGACAAGUGUUUUGCUUCAUGCAUGCAUGUGUUCAUCUACUUUUCAUCGAGAACCAACUCCUUUAUUGAUGAUCACUUUGUUCACGAGGUUAAUGUUGUCCCUUUUUCUAGAUGGAAUAACAAAGAAGCAAGGCAUGGCUGACAGUCAUGUGCGUUAAUGGCUAUAGUCUUAGGUGCUUAGACACCAGCAAGUUUUGGAGUCAAGGGAUUAGAAAUCUCCAUAAGGUUUUGAUAGUGUUUUAUAUUGAAAUACAACGGUUAGGAAAGCUCGGCAAACAGUUUUCCAAAAUACUUACAUAUGCUUUCAUGUCCUGGUACUAUUCUAUGAAUCAAUAGCUGAAAAGCACUCGAGAGCUACCUGCUAGGAUUCCUGGGAAGCUAGCUGACAGCAAACUAGCUAUAAUAAUGAUAGCAUGCUUCAUAAUAUAUUAUUAGCCAUUGUUUGUUGCUUGCAGCAAGCUUGACUCUCUGCGCCAUACUUGUUUCUCAAAGCUUUACCCAUGUGAACUGAAUCGAGGUUGCUGAAAAAAAUAGACAAUUAAGUGGAUGUUUUUA